AGCAGCUAUAUAAAGAUGAGUAACUGCAGCUAGGGGAUGUUCGUUCACCAGUGGUGAGGUCAGUCUGGCUGGUCAGUGUACAGCUGUGCGGGGCUGAGGAUGCUACUCAUUCACAUUAUAACCGCUUUACUUGCAUUAGUAUGCGUCUUACAGGAAACACAGGCAUGGGGAUACAAGAACGGAAUACUUCACAACUCUAUAUGGCUCGAACAAGCUGCUGGUGUGUACCAUCGGGAAUCUCGCAAAGGAAGAUACCAGCUAACUUUUAAGGAGGCCAAGGCUGUUUGCAAGUUUGAGGGGGGAUCACUAGCAACUUAUGAUCAACUGGAAGCUGCAAGACAAAUAGGUUUCCAUGUGUGUGCAGCUGGAUGGUUUGAUAAAGGGCGUGUGGGAUAUCCCAUUGUCAAAGCUGGCUCCAAUUGUGGCUUUGGGAAGAUUGGAAUUGUGGAUUAUGGUUACCGGCUAAACAAAAGUGAAAAGUGGGAUGUCUACUGCUACAACCCUAAGUCAAAAGAGUGUGGAGGUGUGCAUACAGACCAGGAGAAGAUUUUACAGUCACCUAGUUAUCCAGAUGAGUACCCCGACGAUCAGAUUUGCUACUGGCACAUCCGUGUGCGUUAUGGCCAAAAGAUUCACCUGCAAUUCCUCGACUUUGACAUAGAGGAUGACACAGACUGUAUCAGUGAUUAUCUGGAAAUUUAUGACAGUUAUGAUGAUGUCUCAGGUUUUUCUGGAAGGUUCUGUGGGGAUGAUCUACCUGAAGACUUUAUUAGCGCAGGUAACGUGAUGACACUGAAGUUCCUUACAGAUUCCUCUGUCUCUGCUGGAGGUUUCAGACUACAAUACACCGCUAGAUUCCACUCAACUGUCCGACCAUGACACAAACACCUUUACUUAAUCAUUUGUGAAAUAAUGCUUCUUUUCAGGUUUUUUUUUACCAUAUAAAACACAUAUUGUGUUAAAAUUUGUACUCUAUUUUAUAUUUUAAUGCUGUAUCCUGUCUCUCUGCAUUCUGCUGUAAGCUGCAGUCAUAAAAAGUAAAUGACAGGUGAUUAAACAACAGUUGUAUUUGUUUAAUGAGAAUUAACUACUGGUCAUGGUCAUGUGACUAGCUGCAAUAUGAAACAGUGUUAUUUAAAAGUUUCUGUAUCUGGCACAAAUGUAGCAGACCAGCUGGUUUGGUGUUUGACAUUAAUUCAUGUUAUACAUACAGGAUGCACUGUAAUUCCAGUGAAACAUGUAUGUGGUUUUAAUACCCUCAAGCAUUAGACAUAAAUGGUUUUGCUCAAAAUUGAAAUCAUUUAUUUGAAAUUAUUUAUAUGAUAGAAUCAGUGGAACAAGAUUUGUAUUUUCACAUUUU